GCGGAGCGGAAGCUGUUUCACCCCCCUCCUCCCCUCCCGGACAGAAAGGCGAAGCGGUCGCGUUACCUACAUCAGCAACGAGGUUGUAAAAAGAAAGUGAAGUUCAGACUGCUCUGGAUACUGCUGAGUUGACAGUCUAGCAAGCAAGAGUGCUAAAAGCAACUCAUAAGAAGCCUUCAGGACCACUAUAUUCAAACAGGACAACAGCAACUGAGUACGUAACAGUCUCCUGCUUUGGUUCCGAGUUGGCCACAAGAUGUUUGGCUUCCACAAGCCCAAGAUGUACCGGAGCCUGGACGGUUGCUGCAUCUGCAGAGCCAAGUCAUCCAGUUCACGGUUCACUGACAGCAAGCGCUACGAGAAGGACUUUCAGAGCUGCUUUGGGUUGAAUGAAGCCCGCUCAGGAGAGAUCUGCAACGCCUGUGUGCUCCUGGUGAAACGAUGGAAGAAGCUCCCGGUGGGCUCCAAAAAGAACUGGAAUCAUGUGGUUGAUGUCCGUGCAGGACCAAGCUUGAAGACGGCUUUGAAACCGAAGAAGGCAAAAUCCUCACUGGGGCAGAAUAAAGCCAGUCAGAUCAGCAAGAUCCAGAAAGAGCUGAAACGUCAGAAUUCGGAUGCCCACAGUACCACCUCCAGUAUGUCUCCUGCACAGUCUCCCUGCUACAGUAACCACUCAGACGAGGGCUCUGACACAGAGAUGGCAUCGGGGUCCAGCAGGGUGCCCGUCUUCUCCUUCUUAGACCUCACGUACUGGAAAAGGCAAAAAGUCUGCUGCGGAAUCAUUUACAAGGGCCGUUUUGGAGAGGUGCUAAUUGACCCUCAUCUCUUCAAGCCCUGCUGCGCCAACAAGAAGAGAGUGACGGAAACUCCAGAGCAACAGGCGGUUCAGUCCCCCUCUGCUUCGAAAGAUGAUGAAUGGUGAACUGGCUCAUUCAGACAGAGGGAGGCAUUGCAAAGAUUGUGUUUGUCAGAAAGUUGGAGUGAACGGUAAAACCGCCCAAAUGAACUGACCUGCCAAAAAGACUGACAAUUCUCCUUUUAAUUUUUCCUGGGGUUGGGAGACGGUAGGGGUGGGUGGUGUGGGAGGGAGGUGGGGUCAGUUGAUUUGUUGUGUUUCUAAAAACAAAAUCUGUAAAUUGUUGUAUAUUUCCUGAGCUGCACGCAUAUUAAGUGAAGUGGAGCGUGCCUGUAAAGUGCUAUUAUUUAGGAUUUAUAUCUUUUGAUUAGUAAUGGACUUUUCUCUUGUGCUGCGUGAGUGGGAUUAGGAAAGUGAGUGAGCGUUGUAAUAUAGCUGCCACGUGUUUGGAAAGCAUUAAUUCUCUUGACUGUGGGUCGGCCGAGUAAGUUUUGCCCAAUGAGUAGUUCAGCCAUGUGGUUUUGAAAGGACUCCCAAAUUUUGAUGCCAUGAGCAUGCUCAGUUGUCCAAGAUGCUGUAUCAGCUGUUAUUGAAGCUCACCAUCCACUGUAGAUUGGGAAGCGGGAAAUGGAAGGCCCAUUAUCAACUGGAAGCUUUUCAGUUAGGCACUGUCCCAGUGGGAGCACUCUCGGAUUGGAAGAGGAAGGGUUUGUUUGGCUUGUGGCAGCAUCUUCUCUUCUCUCCCACCAUCACUGCUUCCUGCCCCCCCCCCCCCCCAACUUCCUGACAGCUGAGGUGGUUGGAAGGGAGAAAGACAACCCCUGACCAAUCAAUGUAGCCUGGCCCAUUCCAAAAUGACCAUGCGUAGCCAAGGAGAACAAGGGAAAGGAUUUUCUCCAUGUGAUUGUGGCAGUCGGUUUAGCUGUUGUCAUUUGCUCACCUUGUCUUGCAGUUUUGAGAUAUUUUCAUUCUCCAGCAUCUGGCAAAUGGGUCACCUGAUGGUUUCAAUGGGGGAGGGUGGGGUGACCCCCUGUCUGCCAAAUCAGCACUUGGGCAUGAUAGUGAAAAUUGACUGAGCUUCUCUUCUUUACUUCUCUCCCCCCCCCCACCCCGACUCCCCAAUCACCCAUGCCCUGUUGGCUGACACUGUGGCAGAAACACUCCUCUGUACAACUGGACUUUACCAAAGCAGAUCAUCUUGUUAGCCCCACGUCCAGCAACUGGCUCUGCUGGUUGUGCCUCUUGCACUGACGUGUGAAGGGUGUUAUGAGGUGAGAGCUGCUUUACUGGAUCUCCCACUUCUAGGGGCAGCUGCUUGCAGCUGUGCUGUGCUGUGCCCGGCCACAAGGUUUGCCAUUCUGUUUUUGAUGUAUUAAAUGUUCAAGUUUCUCUCCCACCAUCACCUGCCAUUUUAUCCCAUCCCAAAGAGCCUUAUUGUGCAGUCAAUGUUCUUUUGCGCACAUGUGAACCCAGGAGAUCAGUGCUGAUGUACUGUUUCAAAGUGCAAGGAAAUUGUUCUCCUCCUUUUGUGCACACUUUGUCCAGCAGGGGCAGUGGGGAACCUCCCUUGACUUUGGGCCGCUGGAAAUGUGUGGACAGAAACCACAACUUCAUGGUUCAUGCAAGUGUGGAAAUGUGCUGUUUGAGGUUCCUCUUGGUUUUUCUUCACACAAUCCCAGCCUCUGUGCUUCUGUGAUACUGAGCACAGCUGUAAACUCCCAACCCAAGACUGAGAAACUUACUGUCUUCCCUGGUUGCCUGUCCUAUCCCUAUAACUAAAUAAAUUAUUGUAUUUAAAUUAGGAGAGUGUAAAGGCAAGCUGAAUGUCAGUACCGUCAGCUCCCUGGUCAUUAGGGGCCACAUAUUUGCAAAGGCAGGGCUCUGGAGAGAAAAGCAGGGACGUGGGGCCAAUUGGAUAGCUGGUUCCAAAGAGUGGGCGCUGGUACGAUGGGCUGAGUGAACUUUCUUUUGUGUAAAAAUUGUUGAAAAGCCAGGGCAAUCCAGUUCAAGCCAUGAGCUACAAUAAGGAGCUGAGAUAUCAUAUUGAGCUGUCAGGGUCACAGGUGUAACUGUCACAGGCAGGUUUCAGGGUGUCCGUAUGUCCACGGUUUAGUUCCUGUCAUUCCAACUGAGCCAUUGUCAAAACAUGAGGUGGAGGAACUACCCACUGAGCAUGCUGCUGGUAUUCAUUGUCACGCUGAGGUUUUACUUUUGGGUCGUAUUGUUUGCAUGCAGGCACAGUCAGCAUGUCGGGAAAGGGCGGGCAAAAUUGUGCCGCUGACUUUGUCCUCGUGCCUGGGUUCGGGGCCGUUUCAAUCCCGGCUGUGCAGCUUGUAUGAAUGUGAGCAUGAGGUCAGAUUCACUCCCAGAGCUUCCUUCCCUACCACUCUAUUUAUUAUUAUUUAUUAUUUUUCCUCUACAGCAGAAAACGCCACUGUCUCCUUUCCCUCCUUCACCUAGCUUAGUGCAGCAGGAUGUAUUUUAGUGAUGCACUUUGUAACGUAUUAGAGAUCUAUGGAGCCAGUUUUUUGUACUUUUUUUAUACUGUUAAUAUUCUUCUACUCAAAAAAUUUUUUAUUAGU